UGGAUGUUAGUGUGUGUGUGUGAGAUACAUGAUUUUGUUCACUCUCUUUGAAGCUUAAUAACUAUUGUGCUUUGUGUCAAAAAUUUCUGAAAUUUUGCAUGGACGUUUGUGUUGAGAUUGGGGAUAGAACAAAUCGAAAGAGACAAAAAAACAUCAAUUUCUACAAUGGGCUAAAAAAAUGAACAAGUGAACAGAAUAAACUGGAUACUUGUGGGAGUUGAACUACUGCUCUCAGCUGAAACAAAAUCCUAAUUUUCAUACUGAAAACAUAACUAUUUAUAAUAGGAAUGAAGCAAAAUUAAUAUCUGAAAGAUGGAAACUUAGAAUAAAAGAGAGAUUACAAGAAGGAAAUGAAAGAACAAUUCAACAUAUGAUGUGAUAUGAAGAGUUUAGGAUUAUGGAAAGACAGAAUUUCAAUAGGAAAUGGCUCUUUACCUAAAGAUGAUAGUAAAAUGUAUAUAUCUAAAGAAGAGAAAGAAGUUUCAGGUUCAAAUAGAAAUAAUAUGAAUGUAUCUGUGCAAAGUAAUGAUGAUAAAAUCGGAAAAACUUCAGGUCAUAAGCUUUCAAAACAAAAAUCUUAUUUUGAUGGGAUGUGCCAUUACUUAGAACCAUUUAAAGAAUUCUUUAAUAAUUUGUUUUCUACUCAACAACUAACUGUAGAUGUAUAUGUAUAUAUGUUUUUUUGUGAUUUUAUUAACUUCUUCAUUAUUGCUUUUGGUUAUUGGGCUUUUGGGGCAGGUACUGAUGAAGGACUGACUUCUUACUUUCAAGAAAAUAAUGUUCCUACAUCAUUUUUAAUAAUGCUUUUAACACAGUUUGGUUUAAUUAUCAUUGAUAGAGCAUUAUAUUUAAGGAAAUGUAUUUUAGGAAAACUGAUCUUUCAGAUUUUUACUGUGUUUAUUGUUCAUUUGUGGAUGUUUUUUAUAUUACCUGCUGUUACAUUUAG